AUGGCCGAGCCCCCGGCAAAGCGCCGACGUUUGUCUGGCGCCGCCGGCGAAAGCACGCGCAGCCCCGGACCCGCAUCACUUACACGCAGCAUCAGCCCUCCCGCCAGAAGACGGGCAGCAGUAGCAGCUACAACGCCGGCAACAGCUGCUGCUACUGCUCCGUUAUCACCGGCACCAUUAUCUUCGCAACAGCGGAAGCUGAUCCCAUCUCCAUUCCGACUGACCACGAUCCGGGAUCUCCCCGACGCGGCAAAUGCCGAUGCCGUGAGUCUGCAUGAUCUGCUGGGCGACCCCUUGAUUUCAGAAUGCUGGGAGUUCAACUACCUCCACGAUGUCGGCUUCCUGAUGGGGCAUUUUGACGAGGACACGCGAUCCCUGGUCAAGGUGCACAUUGUUCACGGUUUCUGGAAGAGGGAGGACCCAAGCAGGUUGAUGCUUCAUGAAGAAGCUUCGCAGUACAAAAAUGUCACCCUGCAUACUGCCUAUAUGCCCGAGAUGUUCGGCACGCACCAUUCCAAGAUGCUGAUCCUCUUCCGGCAUGACGACACGGCCCAAGUCAUCAUCCACACGGCCAACAUGAUCGCCAAGGACUGGACCAACAUGACGAAUGCCGUAUGGCAAUCUCCGCCAUUGCCUCUUGCGAAGGACUCCUCUCCAGGCCAACCAGACGCGCCGCUGGGAAGUGGUGCCAAGUUCAAGGCCGACCUCCUGAGUUACCUACGCGCCUACAAUACGAAACGAGAUGUGUGCAAACCCAUGGUUGAACAGCUCGCCAAGUACGACUUCUCUGCCGUCCGAGGUUCGCUCGUCGCCAGUGUCCCCGGGCGCCAUGCCGUCGAGGAUGACCCCAGCGUCACCCGUUGGGGCUGGGCGGCCAUGAAGCACGCCCUGCGCUCCGUCCCCCUAGAAAGCGGCGAGUCCGAAGUCGUCGUGCAAGUGUCGUCGAUCGCCACGCUGGGCGGCACCGACGCGUGGCUGCAACGGACACUGUUCGCCUCGCUGUCUUCGUCCUCACACAAACAGAACCCCAGACCGGGCUUCAAGGUCAUCUUCCCGACGCCCGACGAGAUCCGCCGCUCGCUGGACGGCUACGCCUCCGGCGGCUCGAUCCACACCAAGAUCCAGUCGGCGCAGCAGCAGAAACAGUUCGAGUACCUUCGGCCGGUUUUCUGCCACUGGGCCAACGACACCCCUGGCGGCGUAGACGCCGGCGGACUGAGUUCGCAGCUCGGGGCCAGGGAUGCGGGACACAAACGCGCCGCCCCGCACAUCAAGACGUAUAUCCGCUACAACUCGUCGUCCUGCAUCGACUGGGCCCUGCUCACGUCAGCCAACAUCUCGAAACAGGCGUGGGGCGAGGCAGCCAACGGCGCGCGCGAGGUCCGCGUGUCUAGCUGGGAGAUCGGGGUGCUGGUGUGGCCGGAGCUGCUAGCGGACGAUAAAGAGGCGAAGAUGGUCGGCACCUUUGGGGCGGACACACCACCUGCUGACAGUAAUGCAAAGGCCGAGACGGGGGGUAAGGGUGGUUUGACUCGCGAUACGUCUGGUCCAUUGGUUGGGCUACGCAUUCCGUACAACCUCCCAUUGCGGAGGUACGGGCCAGGCGAAAAGCCCUGGGUCGCGACGGCAGAGUACAAGGAACCGGACUGGAUGGGCCAGACCUGGAGCUCCUGGGGUACCUGA